AUUCUAAUCCACUCUGCGACGUAAUUCUGCGAUCUUAGUUUCUAUUCUACAGUGUGUCUUCGAUACGUCUGAGUUUUGAGUGUUCAUGCUUUUGAAUUGAUGAAUCGGCCCGUGAGAAAUGCAACGCUGUCAUCUGUACGAUUUCUGUGGAUAAUCUCACCACGAAGACGAUGCAUCGAUUCUUUCGGUGGAGUUAACAAGGGAUUGUCUAAAAAAAAAUUGCGAGUAAUUGAAAGAAUCUGUGCAUUGUUUUGGGUAUGAUUUAUUACUGAUUGUCUUUUCGUCUAUUGUACCUGGUGUUCCCUCCUUAUGUCUGGCCAAGAGUAUAACUAACUUUCAGUUGGGAGUCGUUUUUGUUAAAAUUCCGAAACAAUGCUGAAAGAUUUACUGAGUAAGUUGCUCGUGCUUCUUGAAAAAUAGUGUUUGGUUUCGCGUGGUGGUUUGAUCCUUUCAGGUCGUCUUAGUGUGCCAGUUUGAGUAUUUCUUCUUCGUUUGAGGGAUAUUUUUAACUUUUUGUUGGACAAUCGUUGCUGCCCUGAUGUGCUACUGUACGCUACUACUAAGAGCAUUAAUAGAAUUCUGCUACCUUAUAUGAUUAUAGAUCAGUGUUAAUUGAUACAGCUUCUCCGAGUGUAGAUAUCAUAUGACGUAACAUUGUUUUUCCGCGAGGCCCUUCUAGAUGAUAUUACAAAUACGUUUGUAAUGUAAAACUGUGAAUUCUUUUAUAUAGAACGCUAUUCAUUUACUUCAACCAAAUUAUUUGUCUGAAUUUACAAUAAAGAUACAAUAUGAAUAUCUGGUUUUUUUUCCGGUGAAAUUUAUAUAAUUCAUGGUUAUAGUAGCCAGAAGACGUGCAGAUACUCUAUCCUGUCCAUGAAUAUCCUGUGCAGGGAAUGAGCAUAAAUUAUGUACUUACAUCUAUUUAAACUUUUUUGUUUUCUAUUCAAACCCUUGCUUUCUUUCUUUGAGAUUUUAGAGGUAUUACAAGAUCGAGCAUUUUCUUUGCGAAUGAGUGUGUCCUCUCCUUACUGAGCCUUUUAGAUUUUACCUACCCAAAAUUGAGUGACUGUACGUUACUCAAGUCUCUAUUGGUGAUCAUUGAUACAUCAAACUGUGAACUAACCUUCUGCAAAGUCUCUAUUUGACACUUGAUUAGAACUACCUAUGUAAUUUUACCACAGUCCUUUAACUUCAUUAAUUAUGCAUACAACUUAUUCACCAAAACAACUCUAGUACUUUUAAGGCUUAGAGAGAUAUGUGAGGGAUCAAAUGACUAGCGGUGUUGAACCUUGUGUAUAACAUCUCCCAGAUGCCGUAAGACUUGUGCCGCCGAAAAGAAUCUAUGCGCAAUGAUAGUGGUGCAAAAGUGAGGAUGUCUAGUUUGUUGCUGAAUCAAUCAUCCAGAAAUUUUCUUGAGUUUCUUUGAAAAUUAUCUUGGAACAAUAUCAAGAUAUUUCCUAUUCUACGAUUUGAAAAGUGUUUGCUAAGAAUCCAAGCGUCCUGAUGCAUUAAGAGUCUUUAAAAUUAGGUUUUCAAUUUGUGUUUACCAUUGAUUCUUUAAGAGUGCUACGAAUUUACCAACGAAGCAUAGAGCUAGCUGUAUCGCAAUCGUUGUGGGAAGAUGUUUAGUGACUUGAUUGCAUGACUGGUAUGUUCGAUUCUGUGACACGUAACGCCAACUCCUGUUACACCAUGAAAAUCUGUGGGUCCUUUGUGCUUGGUUGUCCUUAGUUCUUUUGCAGAAGGGCGACCCCGUACCACUUUUUAAACUUGCACCAGUCCGCAAUUCUAUGUUGCUUAUAGCAGUUAGGUGUCCUAUUACCAAAAGGGCAUAUUUGAAGAGCUGGAAAUGAAAAAGUUGUCAGGCUAGAGCGGAGUUGCUUUGAACGACUAAACCCUUCAAUAGUUAGGAUAAAAUUGGCUACAUGUUACCCCUCAACAGCCAGGUUACAUAUUGGAUAGAUUUUAUGUGUUUGUUCUUGAAUUUGAGGUGGUGCACCUUGCUGAGGAUCUUGAGGUUGUGACCAUUGAGGUGGGGAUUGUGGUAACUAGACACUAUGCAUGUUAUUUUGGGAACUGUUUUACAGAAGUUUAACUUGGUGAUAUGUCCUUGUUUCCGUUUUGUACUGAAUGCGAGCUGGUACAUCCCUUUUUAUUUACAGAACCAUCAUGUUUUGUAUCUGGAUUUCUUAUGUCUUUUUUCUAAGGUCUAACUCGUUUUGUUUACAACCCUGAGCAUGCUGGUCUGUGCUUUUUCACUAGAUGCUUGUUCGGGACAAAGUCUGACCUUGGGUGUUGUUGUGCUUGCAAAUGUAACUAUACUGGAUGGCUACUACGUAUAUAUUUACGCUACUAUCGUCCUACCGUCGGUGUUCUGCACUACCUACUACAAUCUUGCGGGUUGUUCAGGAGAAAAUGGUCUGUACCCACAGAGACCUGGGGAGAAAGUGUGUGCUUAUUACAUGAUCACGCGCACAUGCAGUUUUGGUGUCACAUGCCGGUAUGAUCAUCCAGCGUGGGUGCCUGCCGGUGGCAUUCCCAGCUGGAAGGAGGUAACAGCUGUUGGAACACCUGUAGAUCCAAGUUCUCUACCUCAAAGACCUACAGAGCCAGAUUGUGCGUAUUUUAUGAAAACAGGGGAGUGCAGGUAUGGGUCCAAGUGUAGAUUCAACCAUCCAAAAGAGAAGCUUGAAUCAAGCAACACCGAUGAACAAUCCUCUGUUGUGAAUCAAGCUGCUCCUAUUAAUCCAGCAACCACAUUUAAUUCCAAAGGAUUACCCUUGAGACCUGGAGAGGGCAAUUGUGUUUUCUAUGGCAAAACAGGGAGUUGUAAGUAUGGUACCGCGUGCCGUUAUAAUCAUCCAGAAAUUUUACUGCCCGCAGGAGGCAGGACUGGGCAAACUCUUCAGCCACAACAAGCUGUUUAUGUACAAACUCCACAGCAGCCUAGUGUGCAGUAUCAACUGGUUCAGCAACUAAUGCAGGCGUCACAUGAUUAUGCAUAUCCUGCAACUACAUAUCAAAGUACAACACCCUCAUACACUACAGCUCCGAAUGCGUAUCCUGUGACUACUACGUACUCCUCCACAGCUCCAGCGUAUGCUUCCCCAGCAACUACAUAUCCGGGUCAACAAGUUAUAACGGAAUAUGUCUAUCCUGGAGGAGCAACAAUGCAAGUAUACCCUUCAGGAGCAACUACACAAUGCUACCCCCCUGGAACACCCACUCAGACCUACUCCCAAGCUCAAACCUAUCCCCAAGGGACUAUCGUGCAACAAUAUCCCCAGGGGACUACUACCCAAGUCUUAUCUCAGGUCCAAUCCUAUCCACCAGGAACAACCUGUCAAACUUAUCCUCCAGGAACAACUACCCAAGCUCAGCCACAAACCUAUCCUCCAGGCACCACUGGUGCAUCAACGUACCCUCCAGGAACUCCUCAGUCUUGUCCUGGAACUCAAACUUUUCCUCCAGGUACACCUAACCAAAGCCAAGGUCAAACUGCCCAAAUUUAUCCUCCAGGAACAACUGCUCAGGGUGUUGAGUAUGCGUACUCAGGUGGGCAACAGCCUCAAAGUCAACUAGAAUAUGUCUACGCCACUCAGCAGGCCUCUCAAAACGGGACAGAUUACGUUUACUCUACAGAACAGCCAGCACAAUCAGCAUCAGAUCAGUACACCACCACUGCUUAUGCCACAGAUGUCUCUGGACAAGCUACUACAGCAGAUUAUGCUUAUACAUCUACCCAAAAUUCUCAAGAAUACGCGUAUGCUGCUGCACAAGCUUAUCAUCAAAAUGUAACUCCAAUGUAUGUGGCGUCGAUGGGCUUACCACAUCCACAACGACCUGGCGAACCAGAUUGUACUUUCUACAUUAAGACUGGAGAGUGCAGUUUUGGAGCUACCUGCAAAUUUCAUCACCCACCUGACCGUAUUCCCUCGGGAAUUCCCAAACCAGCCAAGAAUCAAGCGACAGUGAAGCUUAGUCUUGCGGGUCUACCCAGAAGAGAGACUGAGACGCCUUGCGCUUAUUACAUGAAGACAGGGGCAUGCAAGUUCGGGCAGACAUGCAAGUAUGACCACCCACCUCCACAAGAGAUUAUUGCUAGGGCCGUUGAACAAGCUAGAGGAGAGGUUCCUAGUUCUUACGAUGUGAAUAUGCCAACAAGUGUUGCAUCCGACAGCCAGGAUGUCACCCCAUUACCCCCAGGUACUGAUGUGCCUGCUGUCACAGCGGCAGCAAUGUAAAUCUAGACUUGCAGCAAUAAUCCAAACCCAGGAGGGAAAAGGGAAAAAAAAAAAGGGGGACCGGAGGUUCCAGAGCUCAAAUAGUUGGUAUGUGCUACUUCCUUCGAAGCGAUGUGAAUCUCUUUAGUCUCCGAUACGGUACUGCACAGAAGUGUUGUGGUACACUUGAUAGAGCAGAUUGAGUCUAUCACAGCAUUAACGUUCUUUGAGAGCAAUUAUCCUCUUAAAACUAUUAUUCUCUCA